AUGAGAAUUUUUUGUAAUUAAUAUUAUAUAUGCUUUAUUAAAAUAGUAUUUUCUCAUCAAUAAUUUCAUUUUUGGAUGGAAAAUUUUUUUAAUAUUCUUCAAAUUAAUGUUUAAUUUUGGCAUAUUCAUCUCUCAAUAACUCAUAAUCAAGUUUAAUUUAUUCUAAAAAAGCUUCUUAUUUACAGCAUUUUUUCUCCAUGUAUUUUUAAUCAUUUAGUAUUUUUAUAUUUACAUAUUCUUUAUGUUCUAGUAAUUAUUUUUAUUUUUCUAUUAAAGGAAUAAAUUUUCCCAUUUCUACUUUAAAACCUUCUUUUAGUUUACCUAUAAACUUUUCUAAUUCUUUUUUAAAUUCCUUUUUUUCUUUAUGUCCUCUUUCGAAUAAUUCCUACAUUAAUUUCAUUAAACCUUCCCAUAUUUUUUUCAAUAAAUGGCCUCUUUCACUACAUUAUUGGCUUACUUGUCUAACUAUCUCCCCCAUACAAGCUUAGUAAAUAGCCUAUAAAUCCAUAAAUUAUUCUUCAUAAGUUUUUUUUUCUAGAUCGGAAUUUAAUACUUCAUUUAUCAUUUCUUCGAGCCAUAUUCCUAGUUCUACUGCAUCUUUUCGGCAAGAUAGACUUUAUAGAUUUUUAUUUUGGGAUGUGUGGAUAAAAAUUGGGUCUUAGUUUUGUUCGAAGAGUUUAAAUAAGUGUCUUUGUGAACGUUUUUGUCUGA